GGUCACCACAUUUCGACACUCUCAGUCUGCUUCACUUUUGAUAGCUUGCGAUACCAUAUUGAAUCUCAAUGUCCCUCACCCACGUCACCACGCUCUCACAGCUGAACGGAAUCCUGUCAAAGUCUAAUGAUAAGCUGUCGGUCAUAGAUUUUCACGCUUCAUGGUGCAGCCCGUGUCAUGCGAUCGCGCCGACUUUUGAAGCACUCUCUAAGAAGUACACGAAUGUGAAUUUCUUGAAGUGUGACGUCGAUGCUGCGAGGGACGUUGCAAGUCAGUACAGCGUAAGUGCCAUGCCAACUUUUGUAUUCUUGAAGGGGACCACAAAGGUUGAUCAAGUCCGAGGUGCCGACAAGAACGGCAUCGAGCGAGCUCUCGAGAAACACUCCUCCGGUGGAUCGCCGGCAGCAUUUUCUGGCAAGGGUCAUACACUUGCAGGCUCCUCAUCUGCUCCCAAGCGAGAUAUCGCAGCUGCCGCUGCUAUUCCUUCGUUUACUAAUCUGGAUCCGCAGGUGAAAACACUACUGUUUCUAGUCGGGGCAUAUGUAUUGUUCUGGUAUUUGAGCUAAACGCCGAUUAUGGUGUCUAUGUUUAUCGUUUCGUUGUGUUGUAUAUUAUGACCCUUUGGGUUCCUGCACCUGUCCGAACAAUCUAUCGUCGUCUAUAUU